UCAAAUCAUCAGUCUCUGUCUCGCUGCAGCAAGAUGGCUUCAAACUUGUGGUCACAGGAGCAGUUUAGCUGUUCAGUGUGUCUGGAGCUGUUGAAGGACCCAGUCACUAUUCCAUGUGGACACAGUUACUGUAUGGGGUGUAUUAAGAACUGCUGGGAUCAGACUGAUCAUACAGGUGUCUACAGCUGCCCCCAGUGCAGAGAGACCUUUACCCCAAGGCCUGUUCUGCGUAGAAACACCAUGCUGGCUGAAGUUGUAGAGAAAUUAAAGAAGACAGGACUCAAUCCUCCUCAUGCUCAAAGUUAUGCUGGACCUGGAGAUGUGCCGUGUGAUUUCUGCACUGGGAGAAAGUUCAAAGCUUUGAAAUCCUGUUCGACAUGCCUGGCCUCUUACUGUGAAACACCCGUCAAGCCACACUAUGAGGGGGCUGCUUUCAAGAGGCACAAGCUGAUCAAUGCAAUUGGAAAUCUGGAGCAGAAGAUUUGUGCUGAACACCAGAAGGUUUUGGAGGUCUUCUGCAGAACCGAUCAGACGUGUAUUUGCUUAUUGUGUACACAAGAUGAACACAAGAGCCAUGAUACAGUCUCAGCUAAGAAAGAAAGGACUGGGAAACAGAAGCAGCUGGGAGAGACACAGACAGAAAUACAACAGAGAAUCCAGGAGAGACUGAAAGAAGUGGAGGAGCUGAAACUGGCUGUGGAGUCACUGAAAAGAUCUGCAUGCAUAGAAAUAAAGGAAAGUAAGAAGAUCUUUACUGAGCUGAUCCGAUCCAUUGAGAAGAUCCACACUGAGUUUAUUGAGCUGAUUGGAGCUAACGAGAAGGCUUCAGUGAAUCAGGCUGAAGGACGCAUGAAGAAACUGGAGCAGGAGAUUGCUGAGCUAAGGAGGAGAAAUGCUGAGCUGAAACAGCUUUCAGAGACAGAGGAUCACAUCCAUUUUCUACAGAAUUUCCAGUCUAUUUGUGCCACUCCUGAAGCUGGAGACUUACCCAGCGUUACUGUCAAUACAGACAUCUUUUUUGGGGCUGUGAGGAAAGCUGUAUCUGAAGUUAAAUACCAUAUUGAGGACUUCUGCAAGGGGGAAUUAGUCAAAAUAAACGCAAGAGUGAAUGAAGUUGCAGUUUACAGUCUGCAGGCUCCAGAGCCAAGGAACAGAGCUGAGUUUUUAAAAUAUUCCUGUCAGCUCACACUGGACCCCAACACAGCGCAUAGAAAGCUCUGUCUGUCUGAAGAGAACAGAAAGGUGACAUGGAGGAGAGAGACCCAGCCAUAUCCUGAUCAUGCAGAUAGAUUUGUCUGCCUGCCACAAGUGCUUUGCAGAGAGGGUUUAUGUAGGACUCGCUGUUACUGGGAGAUUGAGAGGAGUGGGACAUUAGCUGAAAUAGGAGUGACAUAUAAAGGAAUUAGCAGGAAAGGAGGGGAUGUUUCCUGUCUCCUUGGAUACAAUGACAAGUCCUGGAGUUUGGACUGCUCUUGUUCCAGUUACACUGCCUGGCACAAUAACAAUCACACUGCAAUAACUGCCCCCUGCUCCCCCAGAAUAGGAGUGUAUCUGGACUUUAAUGCUGGCACUCUGUCAUUUUAUGGCGUCUCUGACACAAUGACCCUCCUGCACAGAUUCCAAACCACAUUCACUGAACCGCUCUAUCCUGGAUUAUUUGUUUUUUCUGAUUCUUCUGUAACAAUCUGCCAGCUGAACUAGAAAACCUUUGUAUUGAACUCCCUGUCUGUCCUCUCCACUCCUUUGUAUGAAAGUUUAAUGUGACAUGUGCUCAAUGUGACAUUGUCCAUGUGGAUUCAUUGCGUAAAAUCAAGCAGUCAAUAUGGAAGAUCAAUAGUGUGUUUAUCUCCCCAAUCCCUAUUUCUGUAUCACUUUUUAGUCUCUCCCAUUUCUUUCUUUCUUUCUUUAUUUCUUUCAUUCUUUUCAUGUUAUAUGUUAGGGUUGUACACACUACUGGACAAUAGGGUGUCGGGCAGAGUCCGCAAUGUGUUGAAAUUGUUUUGAAGGUCCAUUCCUCAAUGCCUAUCAGCCUAUACUUGAAGCUUGGUUAUUCAGACUUUGAAAGGAUUAGAUACAAGGCAGGUUAUGAGCCUGAUACAAUGUAACCAAUAAGGUCAUGCAUGCAAUUGAAGUUGUAUGUUAAGGAAACAGAGGGGAAAGGUUAUAACUGUCAAUUAGUUCAGGACAUGCAUAUAGUCUAAAGUUGGUUUUUAGCUGGUAUAUCAGGAGAAAGUACAUGAGCAUCUGGGAACUACUUGGGGAUUCUGAUCCAGAGGACAAGACUUCCAGCCCUGCCUUGCAAAAGAGUUCCUUCAGAUGAGACACAAAACAAACAAGCUCAUAUUGGAAGUGACUCUGCAGCAGCAACAGCAGCAGUUGUUGAUGAUGCAGAGUUCACCCCUUAGUCUCUGGAGGUCACUUUGGAUAAGAACGUCUGCUGAAUAAUAAUAAUAAUAAUAAUAAUAAUAAUAAUAAUAAUAAUAAAUACAAGGCUAUUUCUAUUACUAUAUAGCUACUAUAAUCUGCAUAAGAAUAUAUUUGUUAGAAUUGUUUGCUGUUCUAUCACUUUGCAAUAAUGGAAUGAGUGCUAUUAAAUAAACUGUCUAAUUUGCUAUACUGAAAUCAAUACUUGUCAUUGCCUUUACUCUUCACUAUUAAAUCCUAUAGGCUCAGGAUUAAGGUAUAAAUACCACAGUUCCCUAAGUACUCAUUAGAAAAGUUGUAUUUUGUUGCUGUCUGUGUUUGCCAUAAUGACCACUGUGGCAGGUAGAACAGAACGCAGCACAGAAAUAGGGGGCGGGGCUAAGCCUUGUUCACGAAUGUGUUCAUUUAAAUGGGUGUUUGUAUUUUGUGUUAUGAUUUGAAGGGUAUUCAGUGUUUAGUUAAAAACACAAUGUAUUGUAUGAUUUAAAAUGUUUUGUUUAAGUUUUGUUAAACGGGUAUGCUAUUGUAUGGUUUGAAUGGUUGAUUUUUCUUUGUUAUUGCUUGGUUUGGAUAAGACUAAAGCGAGGCUUGUGUCACGGUUCUACUGGAUGGGGCUGGAUGGUGACAGCAAGUGUUUUUGUGAACGUUGUGUGGAGUGUUAGAAGGCCAGUCCUAGAGCCGUCCCACGAGCCCCACUGGUGCAGUUGCCCCUAGUGGAAGCUCCGUUUGAGCGUAUUGGAAUGGAUUUGGUUGGGCCGCUGGAGAGGAGUGUGGCAGGAUACACACACCUAUUGGUCAUUCUGGAUUACUCCACGCGUUAUCCUGAGGCCAUUCCCCUUCGCUCCUCCUCAGCCAAAUCUGUUGCCAACGAGCUUGUGAAGGUCUUUUCCUGGAGAACAACCACCAAGUAAAGGUGUUAAAACCAAGCCUCACCCAAGACAAGAGUCUUAACCCUUUCCAGCCGACACUCUCUAAUUUCAUAGAAAAAUUCAUGAUGAUAAAAAAGUCAUUUCUCAGCCGUACACCAGCUAUCUUGUUUUUUUUUUGUGUUUGGGUCAUUGCCAUGACCACGGGCCGUGUCAUUAUACCAUUGGUUUAGGGCUAGGAUGGGUGUGGCAUAUAUUAUUUUGAGUUGCCAGUGCCAUUACGACUGAGUGGACAGUGGACUCGAAGUUCUUUAUCUACAAUUCUACAGUUCAAGGACUGAUAAUCAACACAUAAUCUAAAAGGUAAAUACUUAAAAUAAUUAGUCGUAUGUUUUUUUUACUUAUUUUGUUUUUAAAACUUUAUGUUUCUUGGGUUUAAAAAAAAUGCUGCGUCAUGUCGGUCUCUGUGUGUCUUUGCUUGCUUGCUUGCUUGCUAGGCAGAGCUAACUAUGUAAGAUCCAAACAAGAGUAACUACUGUACUAGCAUAUAACAAAAAUAAAAUAAAA